AAUAAAUAUUAAUUUUCUAAAUUUUUAGGGACCCCACAGGCCGGAUAGAAUGGUCUGGCAGGCCGCAUCUGACCCAUGCGCUGCAUUUUGCCCACCCCUGCUCUAGAUUCUGUUCUUGCAUCCAUGUAAAUCAAUCUGAGUUGCCUGAUCUAAUACAUUGUAGGGUGGAAAGCAUAUUAGUAUUUAGAUAUAAAAUCCAGUGUAGCUUCAAUCACUGAAGUCGCUUAGGAUCUUGCUCAUUAUCCAUAAAUUUUAGUGCGCCAAUUUUUAAAAUGCAGAUGAACAAGGCAAGUAGGUAAUAGUAAUCAAUAUUGUUCACCUUUUAACCUUCACUCUCCCUCACAUUUUUUCUGCUGACCUCUUUUUUGUGAUGUGUCCAAUUUAGAUUGUAAACUCAUCUGCUUUUAAAAACUUUGCCUGCAAAUCACCAGGCACAACAGUGGCAGGAGGGAAAUAGCAAGAAACAGUCCUAACCUUCAUUCUGGGACUGCUGUGCUCUGUUAACCAGAUGCCACGUUCCCACCCAGAGGUGGCUGCAUUUCAGUGGAGGGCGAAGUGAUCUGUGGGUAAAUCGAUCCAAUCCAGUAGCAAUUCAAGUAAUGUUCUGUGGAGUAGUUAAAACCAUUCUGCUGUGCCAAGCUUUUCAGUAUCUUUCAACUGAAAUUUCCAACUAUUUGAGUUGGUCUAAUAAAAGAUAUCAGAUUUACCCAAAGAACCUUGUCUGCCUAUGUCCUUAGACCAACCCAGCUACAACCUACGCCCCUGUAAGUUUUUCAGUAUUACAUUUCAUCAGGCUGUGUAAUGCAUUCCGCCAGGAUAAAAACUGAUAUCUUAUAUUCAUGUAAAUUAUUAUUACUUCAGUUAUAACCAACGCUGGCAUUAACCCUGUUAAUUCCAGUGAAACACUUUUUUGGUCACCCUGACUACAGAACCGGUCCAUUAGCAAAGAGAUUUUUGCAUCCUCUUUUGUUUGUUCACCCAGAUCACCACUUCAAGUAAAGUAGCCACAAGUGAAAUGACUGCAUCGCCAACAUGAAUGCCAAAAGAAGUACUGUCAAACUGUUUGAGGAAGUUAAAGCAUCAGCUCCAGAAAUUCUGGCCCAAAUCAUCCAGCUCCUUGCAAAGUGCCAUAAGAUGGGCAUUCAUGUGCCUCGAGGGAUCAAAAACAUCUUUGAGUUCACCUGGGAGGAGCUAAUACUAACACCCCCCAGGAAAGUUGCCACUGGUGACUUCUUUCCCAUUGUCCACUUAUCUCCAGCCUUGGGAAACUUAUCCUCUGGCUCUCUCUGCAAGCCCCACAUUGCAAAAAGAACUACCAUCAGAGGUGCAAGACUAGAGCCAAAGUAUGCAUCUCCUUCAGCUGAAAAUCAGCAGAUACUCUUCAGGUUCCAACAAAGGUCCAUCCACCUGCUGAGUGAACUCCUCAAGCUGAAGAUGCAGGCGAUGAUCAAUUCCGUUUCUCGUUACAGCACUGAUGACACUAGCAAGAAGUUUUUGGAAGCCGCUCAGCUGCUGCGCCCCAGGAAUCAGGAGGAGGCUGCUGAAUUAAUGGCACAAACACCCAAAAAAAAAGUGUUACACGGCAUCUACAGGACCAUCCAGAUUUCUUCCACCAUUCAAAUCGUGCACCAGGUCCCCAUGUCCUGCAUCAGCUUCUCGCUUUCAUCAAAGACGAACAAACAGCUACAGCCUCACCCUUCCUCUAAAUUUAAAGCCGUGAAGGAGACACCACCUGCAUACCAGCAGUUUGAUCCCUGCCCUGAGGCCAGACAGAAGCUCAAAGAAAUGUGCCGACGUAUAGAGGAAGAGAAUGCUGCAAUCAAAGCCAAGGGCCACACCAGGCCUCUAAUACUGCGCAACUAUGCGGCUACGCUCGUAUCACCGUCCAUUUCUGUCCGGAAAGCUAGGACUGGUGAACCACAGGUUCGCCAGCCCACAGGUCCCAAGUCUGACGAGAUGAAGUUCUAUUUUGCCUUCCCUGAUGGGGGGUCAUUAAUUUUGUAUCCUUCUAUUGAGAGCAAAGGAGAGGGUGGACUAGCAGAAAGUAGCCAGCACUUACCAGCUAAGUGCAAGGGUAGGCUGUGUUACCCAACAGGAAAUAUUGCUGUUUGCCAGCUCCCUUUAUGCUGCAUGGGAAAAUGUAUCACCCUUCUCUUUAAUGAUUUUCCAAGUCUAGAUGUUUUAGCUUGUUUUGCAGCUGAAGGCCAGGCAUGUGUGCAUUAUUCCUUCAAAGCCCGCUGUUCACUUGCAUUAAUGAUGGAUCUUGGAGGAGGAAUUGUCAGGGACAGAGAUGGAUAUGUAACUCAUGAAUGGACUUGGUCUUCAGGGACUUUUCAAUCUUUAGAAUUUCAGAUAAAUGACCAGCUAAAACUAAAAGUACUUGGUCAAAACACCAUGACAGUUUUUUUUACCUCUUUGGGUGAGACCAUCCAUCUGUCUCUGUCAAGAUCUGCAUGCCCACAUGCAUGCAAAGUUGACAAACGGGGAUUUUCAAAAACCAGCAAUAUUGAAGAGAGUGAACACCAAUUAAAGAGAGCCUUGGUAGAGAUUAAGAAGCGAUUCCAGAGGACAGUGAAACAAUUUAUAAAUGCCAUUUUGAUGGCUUCAGGUUUAUAUUCUAUAGAAUAUCCAGUCCUACAAAGAGCAAAGCAAAUGAAGUUCAAAACAAAGGCAGUGUCACCUCAGACCUGGACUCAAGGAGUGAAAGAAAAGGAUGCUUCAGUGGCUUCAGAUACAAAAAGACCUCAAAAACCCUCAAGCAGACAAGCUGAACAAAAGACAUCAUCUUCCAGGCUUUCUAGCAGAGCAGCUGAUAAAGGCAGAUCUCACCUGGCUAUCAUGACACAACCGAAGCCUGCACCAAGGGUUGAAAUUGUUGCAGCUGGAGAUAAGCACUCUCCCAGUGCAUGGGCUUCCUCUAUGGCUGACUGCCCUAUUGUGCUUCGGAAGCUGCUGACCAAAGAAGACACUGGACCAGGCUGCAAGUGUAUUGUGAAAAUCCCAUUUGUUACAGACUUGGAGUUUGACAAGUUUAUCUCAGCCCCCAGAAAGUCCGAUCAGAUCCUGGUGAUCUUUGUCUUCUCAUCCCAAAGUCCUGCCUGUUCUCCCAUCUUGGAGGAGACCUUACAGAACCUGUACAUAGAAAAACAGCAUGGGCGCCCAUCUCCAUGCAUUCAGUGCAAACAUGACUCUUACCGUCUGUUGCGGUAUGACAUGGACAGCUCCGCAAGACAACAGCCACCGCUACUUGUGCAGAAGCACGCUGUCACCCCAGGGAUGGUGCUGAUGUACGCUGGAGGGAAGCUGCUGUUUGGAGGCUAUGUUUUCAACGGAUACGGCUGCAGCAAGAAGGACCUGCUGAAACAGAUCAGCAAAGCUCGUCUCGACUGCAAGAUGGGCCACUUCCUGCCAGAGAGUUUCAAAUUUAGCACUGUUCCCUUGGAGGACCAUUACCUAGAUACAGAAAUGAGCAAAGAAAACAAACUGAAGAUAGUCAGCGAAGAGUUUUUUCCUAUGGACAAGGACAAAGCCCCUUCCUGCACAAAGAUUAAUGAUCUUGACAAGCAUGAAGUGCCUCUUGCCAGUGCAAAAGCAGAAGAAGAGAAACUCAAAGCUUUGGAAAGAAAAAGACGGCUGAAGAAAUAGUGUUGCCAGCCAGGAGAGAGCUUAUGCAAUAAACAAAUCCACACGUGUAUAUACUUUGCACAGCAGUGCCAAUGCAGCUACAUUUCUCCAAAUAUACUCUGCCAUUAUUUCAAUCUGUUAUAUUCUGAUUGCUAACAACAGGGUGUAUUUACUUUUCAAGCCUAAGUAUAAAAGCAAAG